AUGUAUUCAAAAUUGCUUUGUUUGUUAUUUUGUCAGAGCAAAAUUAAUUUUCUAAAUUUUUUUGUAAAGCAACUAAUGUUACUAUGUCAAAAUUUAUUCACGUGGCUGUCCUGGCCGGCAGCUCAAUGCUUGCAUUUUCCUCAGCCGGAAUGUCCCAGGAGCGAAGCAAAGCGCCCCAAAUGAAACGUGAGUUGCCCACACGCCAUAUGAAUCUAGAAUCAUUGCGUCGCACCGAGUACGAUAUCCUGAUCAUUGGCGGUGGUGCAGUGGGCGCUGGUUGCGCUCUGGAUGCAGCUACACGUGGGUUAAAAACAGCCCUAGUCGAGGCCGACGAUUUUGGUAGUGGAACCUCAUCGAAGUCUAGUAAAUUGUUGCAUGGCGGCCUACGGGAUCUUGACUACGCAAUUGCAAAUUUUGACAUGCCCGCCUUUCGGCGUGUGCUUUCAUCGCUGCACGAGCGCCGAAACAUUGCCAAUCUAGCGCCGCACUUAAAUCAGUCGGUGCCAAUAAUGCUGCCAGUCCACAAUUGGUGGCAGGUGCCCAUCUAUUGGAUGAAACUGCAUCUUUAUCAUCUAAUGGCACCAGGGACCACUAAGGGUUUCUCAUUCAUCAAUAGUCGCGAGGCGCUUGAAAUGUUUCCGAUGAUGCGCCGCGAUAUGUUUGGCGCCUUCGUCUUCUACGAAGGUCAGCAUGAUGAUGCCCGGAUGUGCCUGGCAAUUAUUUUGACUGCCGCCCGCUAUGGCGCCGACGUCUGCAAUCACAUGAAGGUGGUCGAUCUGUUACGUGACAAAAAUAAAAAUGUAACUGGAGCUAAAGCUGUCGACCAAUUGACUGGCAUAGUUUACAAGAUACGCGCCAAAAUAGUAAUCAAUGCAACUGGCCCUUUGAGUGAUUCGAUAAUUCGGCUCGAAGAUGCCAAUGCGUCGCAGCAGUGCACUCCCACGUGGGCCUCGCACAUUGUGCUUCCGCCCUUCUACUGCCCCGAAGAGGUGGGUCUUUUCGAUCCUUAUACAGAUAACGGUUCGACAAUAUUCUUUUUACCCUGGCUGGGGCAUACGAUAAUGGGCACCUCGGACGAAGCACAUGAGGUGGUCGAGGGACCACAUCCAACAGAACGGGAAGUUCAGUAUCUUUUAAAUAGUAUCAGAAGCUAUAUUAAUCCGAAUUUUGAUGUGCGCCGGUGCGACGUGCUGGCAGCUUGGGGUGGCUAUAAGCCGCUGCCCACUCGGUCAACUGAGUUGGCUCAUUCGACCCUGAGGAACCAUGUCAUUUCUCUGGGGCCAGGUAACAUGGUGUCUAUAGUGGGCGGCACAUGGACUUCUUUUCGGCUGAUUGCCGAGAAGGCAAUAGACGCCGCCAUUAAGAAUGGCGGCCUACAGCCGUUACGAGGCCAUUCGAUUACAGCGACCUCUUGCAAGCUGGACGGCGCCAUUGGUUGGACACCUAACAUGUUUAUACGUCUAGUGCAGGACUUCGGCUUGGAGCGUGAUGUGGCGAAACAUUUGUCUGAUACGUACGGAUCGAAUGCGUUCAAGGUGGCCGUUGGUGCCAACUCCAGUGGCGGCCUGUGGCCCAUCAUAGGUAAACGUCUGCACUCCGACUUUCCCUACAUUGAGGCUGAGGUACGGCAGGGUGUUAAGGACUAUGCCUGCACGCUGGUAGACAUGGUGGCACGUCGACUACGUGUUGCCUUUCUCAAUGUCCAGGCGGCCGAGGAUAUAUUGCCCCGCGUGGCCGCCGAAAUGGCGCGCGAACUGAAGUGGAGUAGAUCGCGGAAAUUGAGGGAAAUCAAAGAAGCGCGGCAGUUUUUAAACACUCAGAUGGGUCUCUCGCCCGAAUUUGACCCACUUCAUAUGAGCAUACCGAUUAAGUUGUCAGUGUGUCAGGUGCAAAAGUAUGCCGAGUAUUUUAGAAACCUGGAUGAAACCAACACCGGUUUUGUGUCGAUUAACAAAUGCUGCGCAGCUAUGAAGUCGUUCGGCGUCAAGGAGGUACCGGUUGACCUAAUGCACGACGUGCUGCGGGACAUUGACUGUCACGCUCAGGGUAAAGUGAAUCUCUACGAAUUUCUCAUGCUUAUGUCAGCCAUCGUGCACGGUGACACGGCAUAUUUACGUUAUGCCAAAAUGCAUUUGGACCAAACAGUCUCGACAAUAAACCGCAAACGGCGCCUGAAAAGUGAUAGUCACGUCGAGCGAGCUGGAGGUGGCUUGUGAAGAUAGAACCGCCCUGUGCAAACUCUGUGUAUAUUCAUGAAACUGUAUUCUCUUAUACUUUUUUUAUUAACAGCAAUGCUACCAUAUCGUCGUAAUCUAAAUUUAGCAGUGCUGCCACACUUCAUUCCGACAGAUCGUUGGCGUUCAAAAUUAGAACGCAUAGCAACUAUAAAUCAUAAAAAU